AUGCACCGCCAUAAUGGUAAUGGUGGUAGUGGUACCAACGACGACGAUGUUGAGGAGGCGAUCCAUCAGUCAUUCGCCCGGCCGAAGCGUCAGACGCACUUGAAACCUGCUGCCGAUCGCAUUUCGUGCGACAGCGGCAUUUCGCUGGAGGACCCAGCACUGAUCACCAACAGCACCCCCAUCAAUCCUCCCACCGUGGUGCGCCGUCCGAAAGGUGGUAAUGGUGCGACAUCGUACGUUCGACGCCUAACCCAACUGUUCGAGAAUCUAACGCACGACGAACUGCGCCACGAACAGGAACGCCAGGAACAGUGCACCAUGUCCACGACCGCGGUAGGAACGCAGUCCCGGACGCCCUGGGAACUGCAGCAGGUAACGGAAGAGCCAACCACACCGGAAGUGAACGAAGAAGCAAGCAACUCUACCCCAACCGUGCCUACAAUCUGCCCAGUGUUACCGAGUGCGAUCGUGGAAAGUGUUGAAGUGGUGCGCGGUACGGUCGAAAGUGAAAAUUGCCCCGCGAGUGACGCUACAAACGAUGCGGAAAUUGCACAAGACGCAUUAGGUCCGCUGCCAGUGGUGGCUCGCUCGCGGAUGCCCAAUUUGGAGGCCAGUGCGGAAGAUCGUGUUAUGUCGAUGAGUGUGCGGAUGAGCGGGGCACGUGCGAGCAGUGGUGGGAUGGGCAAGAAAAGGCUCAGUCGACGUCGCCGAACGCAACAGAUGGGGGAGGAAAGUGGUGGUGGUGUUGGCAUUGUGGGUGGACUGCGGGCACUCAGCUACGCCAACGAGCAGGGUGAUGAUAAGAUGGAUGGUGGUGAUGGUGAACAACAGUACUACGACUACAUCGACGAUGACGAUGAGUUCGAUACUAGCGACGAGGAGGAAACGGUUGGCAGAAAACCGGAGCAGAAGGGAAGUGAGGGCGAAUUCGGUGAAGGUGAAGCUGCGCCAGAGAUUUCGGAAGCACACAACAUGCACGUACCGGUGAUCGAUCGAGGCACUCCGCACUACGAAGAGCACGACGAGUUUAGCAGCAGUUCGUUCGACAGUGACUCAGAAGAUGGAGAACCAUUUGCGGUACGGCCCGACUCGAACAGUUCACUCAAAACAGCUCGCGUAACAAGCAUUCUACAGGAGCUGUUGGCAAACGAGGCAAACUACGUACAAACGCUCGGGCGAGGAAUCGAGAACUACGUUAGCAUUAUGACGGGGAAGGAUAUGCCACCGGCACUGCGUGGACAAAAGUAUCACAUUUUCGGUAACAUCGAGAAGAUCCACAACCUGCACCAGAACCAGUUUCUACCGAUGUUGGAAAGCAAUCGGGCGAGCAUUGCCGGCAUUGCGGAAACGUUCAUCUGGUUCCUGGAGAAUGAUAAGUUCUACUGCUACAUCAUGUUCGCUCUCAAUCGCCCAAAGUCGGAGCGGAUCUGUAACAGGAACUUAGACUUCUUUCAGCGUCGUCAGCAGGAAGUAGACGAUAAGCUCGGCCUGAACAGCUUCCUCCUGCAACCGAUCCAACGACUACCCCGAUACAAACUGCUGCUCGCCGAGAUUAACAAGGAGAUCCUGAAGCAGAUGGAGGACACACUGCUCGAAUCGGUCAAGGACGAGAUCGGUAUCCUCUGCAAGGCGGAAAAGCGUCUCGAACGCUUCAUCGACAUCGUAAACGAGGCGAUGAGCAUUAACGACAUUCAAGAGUGCUACGAGGGUCCCAACAGUGUGCGGCAGGAGCUCAUGAACCAAUGUCUUGCGAUAUCCGAUCUCUUCAGCAGUCCGCUGCAUGCACCGAUGGUGCUGAUACUGCGCCCCGCUCAGGACCAUAAUCCGGCCAAACGAGAACCCAUUAACCUGUUCAGUCAGGGCAAGUUCCGGAAGAUGUUCGAGGUAGACAUCUACGACUGGGAUCACCGAAGACGCUACCCAGCGAAACUGUUCCUGUUCGAACGGAGCGCCAUCUACACGGAAAAGGUAAAAACCCAUCUCGAGUACCGUGGGCGGUACGAUGAGUCGGAAAUCGGCAUCCACAACGAAAACCGCAACAAGGUGUACCUUUACGCGAGGAAGCGUGGCAUCCAGGAGAUCGAGGUAACGUGCAACGACAUGAACGAGGCACAGCGUUUGUCCACGCACGUCGAGAAAAUGAUGCGAGAGUUUGCGGUGAACGAGCGCGAUCGGAUCAAUACGCUUGUGCGGCCCCGGAUACCAAGUGUAAUGACGAUUAACCGACGCAGCGUUACCAGCAUGAUGUCCAGCAACAGUGCCGUCAGUAGUAUGCGAGAAAGUUAUGAAUCCACCUCACAAACCACUUGGAGUACCGAUAAACCGAUCGCACAGUUUGCCACCAUGCAGAAAAACUUUUGCAGAAUACUGGCCGCUAACCGGCGGUACUAUUUCAACGAGCUGCCGCAAGAGUUGGCCUCACGGGUUGCUGACUUUAUGCGCGUCUACGACCGGAUACUGCAUUUCCAUACCAAGCGUUUGUACGAGGAUCUGUCGCGGCCGGAUACGGGUAUCGAUGAGGUGUGUGAGUUUUUCAUCGGGUACUUGAAGGAUGGAACGCUCGAUUUUCACCAUGAAUACAUUCGCCUGUUCAAACCGGCAGCGGAAGUUCUUAAAAAUAUUCACAAAGCAUCGCGCUCCAGUAUCACCGACAGCAUGGUUGCACCGACGAUGGAUGAGUUUACCUUUCUGUGCGUACAGCACUGGAACAAGCUCGAACACUUCUUCCAGGCGCUGGUGGUACAGAUAUCCGAGCAGAUGAACUCGGGCCAUAUGGAGCAUCAGGAUCUGUUCCGCAAGCUGGCGUACGUUGAGGUACAGGUGGCCAGCUUUCGCAAGCUGCUCUUCCAAAACUAUCGGCUGUUCAACAUGGACGAGAAGAUAUCGCCGGAGCGGUUGGGGCUGGUGCUGUACUCUGAUCGUGUGCGGUACGAUAACGAAACGAUCAGCUCGCACCGGGUGCUGCUCUGCGAGCGUGCGGUCGUGUGUGUUAAAUUCCAUUUCAUUCGGGAAUUUGGGCGCCAGACGGAAAAGUACACCGGUUUCGCGUUUAUCGAUCGCUUUGGGCGCGAUGGCAAGAUGCCGAACGUACGCAUCAGCAAGAAGUCCGAGGUGCGGCUGAACGUGGUGCAGAACGAGGCGAAACACCCGAUCGACUUCGGCAACACGGCCAACCGGGACAAGUUCUAUGGCCAGUACUGUGCGGUACACGCUAAACACACGUAG